AUGCUCCAACUGAAACUAAACCACCUUGUGUUUGUGGAUGACUUGAUGUUGUUUUGUAAAGAGGAUAUACAAUCAAUUCAAACCCUCUUCCAAGGGGUGCAUCACUUCUCCUCUAGUUUGGGCCUGGAAGCCAAUUACUCUAAAUCAGGUAUCUACCUCGCAGGGGUCAGUGAUAACUUCAGGAUACAUGCAGCUAGUACCCUAGAGUUUACUUUUGAGAGCCUGCCGGUAAAAUACCUAGGCAUACCUCUCACCUCCAAACAAUAUACAAUUGCAGAUUGCGAAUACCUCGUGGAUAAGAUGACUAGUCGAAUUCAAUCAUGGACUUCCAAGAAUCUUUCCUAUACAGCUAGACUUCAGCUGGUCAACUCGGUCCUCAUGAGCACAUCUAACUACUGGAGUCAAACAGUUAUUCUACCCAAAGCUCCAAGGAAUGUGAACUGGGAGAAGGUCUGUAGGCCUGAAAAGGAAGGAGGGCUCCGAAUCCGGAACCUGUAA